AUGUUUUCCACUCCAUUGAAAGUAACCCCAAAUGAUUAUAAUAUAAAUAAUAACCAAUCAUUUUCAUCAGGUUACCCAAUCCCAAAUAAUAUCAUAUCCUCUUCAACUACUACCAAUGCUGACCCUCAAUUCCAUGACAGGAAUCAUCAUACAUCUGUUCAACAAUCUAAUGCGCCCAUAAUGGCACUAACCAAUAUGUCAACAGACUUAUCCAACAACAGUAAUAGUCUUACAUCCACAAAUACUUCAACCACAACUACUACUGGUGCUGCAACAACUACUACUGCAGCUACCUCUAAUAACGGAAUCUCAAAUUAUAAUUUGAAAAUACAAGGUUUUGGUUCCAAAAAACCAUUAGAAUUGGCAAGUCUUUAUAUAAACCAUUUAUAUAAUCAAGAUGAAAAUACUCCCAUCUUAGAUCAAAUAUCCUAUUAUAAUAAUGGUGUUUCAUACAAUUUUAAUAAAGAAAUUGGUGGUCUCGGUGCAUUCACUCCCCUUGAAAGAACAAAAAUAAUUAAUUUACCUGAUGAAUUAUUACAAGAAACAUCUAAGGCAUCCAUUAAGACUGAUAUGGGUAUAUUCCCUCAAUUAGAUCGAACUUGGAUCAUAAUUGAUAAUAAAUUAAUCCUAUGGAAUCAUAAUGAUCCAACAGAUUAUCAAUCCAUUGAUGAAAUUAAACAUACCAUUUUGAAAGUUGCCUUAGUCAAACCAAAACCAAACACUUUUAUUAAUGAAAUUAAUCAUUUAUUAUUGAUUGCCACUCCCUUUGAUAUUUAUAUAUUGGCUGUAUCAUACAAUGGGAAAAACUCUAAUGAAUUGAGUGUAUUCAACACAGGGAUGUCCGUAUCAGUUAAUGGGUUAGCGGUAAAUGAUAUAGUUUCAUAUGAAAAGACUGGUCAAAUCUUCUUUUCAGGUAGAUCUAAUGGGUUAAAUAUUUGGGAAUUACAAUAUACAGGUUCAGAUGAUUGGUUCAAUAGUAAAUCAAAUAAAAUUUGUUUGACUCAGUCUUCUUGGGCAAAUUUAUUACCUUCCAAUGUAAUCUCCAAAAUACAAAUACCUGGUUCUGAAUUAAUUUCUUCAUUCUUCCAAAAUAAUACAACAUCAACUACUACCACAAAUAAAAAUGCAAAUGCUACUGAUAGUAUUGAUGGUUCAGACAAUUUAGAUAUAAAUGAUAAUAACAAUCCACACAACAAGAGGAAAUAUACAAGAGAAACUGUUAUUCAAUUGAACGUAGAUCAAUCAAGAGGGGUCAUUUAUUCUUUAUCUUCAAAUUCAAUCAUUAGAGCAUAUCUAAUUAAAAAUAAUAAUACUUUAUCAGAUCCAGUGACCAUUCAUCCAUCAUACAUUAGUAGAAUUAUAACAACAACAAUGGCUAAAGGUGCUGCUGUAUUAGGUAAAAAUUAUUUACAAAUCGUUAAAAUUGUUCCCGUAUCACAACAACAAAAUAAUAAUCUAUUUUUCGUCGCUAUAACAGUCACUGGGGUACGUUUAUAUUUUAAUGGUUCAAUUAAUAUCAAUUCUAUUGAAGCAAUAUGUUUAGAAUCAAUAAAAUUCCCACCUUCAUCAGCAACUCCUGAAAAGAUUCGUUUAGAAUUGGAAAAACAACAAAAUAAUGAUCAACAAAAGAGAAGAACAGCUCCAUUUUUUUCAAGUUUUAAUUAUUCUUCAGAAUCAAUUCAAUUAAAGUUACAAAAAAAAUCUGCUGUAUUAUUAACAACAACUGAUGCUUCCACUAUUGUAUCACCAGGUAUAUUUGUCGCUUCAGUAAUUAAAAAGAGUAAAAUACCACCAUCAUCAUCAUCACCAUCUCAUCAAGAUCAAACAACAACACCACCACCAACAACAACAACAACAAAGGCUAAACCUCAUUACCAUUAUGAUCGUAAAUUAUUCGUUACAUUACCUGAUUAUGGUGUCUUAAAAUAUCAUGGUAAAUAUAUUGAAAAUGCUACUUUCUUAGAUACAACAGCUCAUGUUAAACAAAUUAUACCAUUAACUCCAACUUUUAACGCCACUGAAAAACCAAUUGGUUAUGCAAAUCAAUUUGCAACUCAAUAUAAUUCUGAAAAUUUACAAAUUGCUGUAGUAACUGAUACUUCUAUUGAAAUUUAUAAAUAUCGUAACCCAGAUGAAAUUUUCGAAAGUUUAAUCGAUAAUCCAUUACCAUUCAUUGCUAAUUAUGGUAUCAUUGAAGCUUGUUCUUCAGCAUUAUACGUUACUUGUAAAUUUAACAAACCUGCUUUAUUAAGAUCAAAUGCAUUAACUUUCUUAACAGUGGGGAUACCAGGUAUCAUCGAUAUAAAACCAAAAUAUAAUCGUUACGUUUCAUCAUCAUUCCCAAAUACAAAUACCAAUACAAACACAAAUAUAAACACAACAACAACAAUUACUACUAAGGAAAGUUCAAUGAUAAUGAAACCAUUCACUUCACAAGAUUUGAAUUUAGAUGACGUCAUUUUAUCUCCAAGAUUUUAUGGUAUUGCUCUUUUAAUUACAAGAUUAUUAAGAAAUAUUUGGAAUCAAAAGGUUUUCAUAACUUCAAAACCCGUAGCAACAACUCCUAUUAAAUCAAACACCAUGGACAACAAAAAAUCACAAAUAGAUAUCAUUGGUAUAUCUAUUUCUAAAAAUGAAAUUCAAUAUUAUUUAUCAUCAAUUAUGAUCUUAAAUGAAUUCUUUAUUUCAUAUAGCGAUUCCAUUACCAUUUUCGCUGCUCCAACAUUGUCAACCUCAUCAGCAACAAAUACUACCACUACUACUACUACUAAUAAUAAUAAUCCAAAUACACUAUCCUCUGUUAGUAAAGACAAAUAUGAAGAAGUUUCCAAUCAAGCUGAAAAUAUUGCCAUAAAUUCAAUAAUCAAAUUAACAGAAUCCAUUAAGGAAUCAUUAUCGUUCUUAAAUGUCUUAUACGAAGAAAGUGAACUUGAUGGUAUCGAUAAUCGUUCCAAUUCAUUCAAAGAUAUAAUAAAUUUCUUGAAUGUGGAAAAUCAAUCCAAUUUAAUUGAUUUAAAUUUUAAACAUCUUUUCGCUCCAAAUGAUCAAACUAAAUCAUUAAUUAAAGACAUCUUAUCAUCAAUCAUUAAUAGAAACAUUUCAAGAGGUGCAUCAAUCGAAUAUAUGGCCACUACAUUACAAGAUCGUUGUGGUUCCUUCUGUUCAGCUAAGGAUAUAUUGGGUUUCAGAGCCAUUGAACAUUUAAGAAAGGCAAAAGAAAUUGGAUUAAAUAAAGAUAAUGAUAAUUUACAUUAUCAUUUAGAUAAUGCAAUGAAAUUAUUUGAAAAUAUCGUUGAUGAUAUUUCACAAGAAAAAUUAGAUGAAGCGGUCCAAAUUAUGGUAUCAUUAGAUUAUUUCCCCAAGACAAUUGAAUUCUUAUUGAAUAUUGCAAGUUUGAUCGAUAGAGGGAACUUAGCUUAUCAAUAUUUAGAUAAUGGAUCCAUGGAAUAUGAUGAAAGGAAAAUUUAUUACGAUAAACGUAUUAAUAUUUAUGAUUUGGUUUUCAGAGUACUAACUACAAUCGAUGAAAGGUCGUCUAUAGUUUCUACUACUACUACUAUUACUACUCCUACUACUAGUAGUAAGAAAAAUCCAAUAGAAAUAGAAACUCCAACAAACACUGUCAUUACUAGAUACAGUGGUAACACAAAUUUCAAUAAAUUAAGGGAGGAAAGUUACAAUAUUGCAUUACGUUGUAAUGAUAAAUUAUUCCAUUAUCAUUUAUAUGAUUGGUUAGUCUCAACAGAUAAUCAAGAUAAAUUAUUACAACUGGAUACAUCAUUCAUCUUACCAUAUUUGAUUGAAAAAUCAACCAAUUCAUUGAAAAUUUCAAAUCUUCUUUGGGUUUAUCAAUCUAAGAAACAUAAUUUCUUUGAAGCUGCUGAAAUACUAUACUCUUUAUCCAUUUCUAAAUUUGAAUUAAAAUUAAAUGAAAGAAUUUCAUUUUUGUCUCGUGCUAAUGGGUUUUGUAAUAGUGUUUGUCCACCAAAUCAAAAGCAAAGAAUGGUACAAUUAGCCUCCACAAUUCAAGAAUUGUUUGAAGUGGCGGCAAUACAAGAUGAUAUAUUAACUUUAGUAAAGACAGAUCCAAGACUUGACAUGCAAAUCAAAUCAGAUUUAAUUAAUCAAUUAGAUGGUGAAAUAUUACCAUUAACUUCAUUAUUUAAUGAUUAUGCUGAUCCAUUGGGUUAUUAUGAAAUUUGUUUGAAUAUUUUCAAAGUAUCAGAUUUUAGAAAUUCUGAAGAAAUUUUAUCAAAAUGGAAUGAAUUAUUUGAAUCAUUGAAACUUGAAUUGAAAAAGACAAAUGAUGUAGAUUAUUUACAGGAUUCAAAAACAUUCAUUAAUUUAUUAUCAAGUGUCAUUACUAAAGUUGGGAAACAAGUUCAUUCUUCUGAAUUAGUCUUCCCAAUUUCAAAAUUAUUCCCAAUAAUUUCUGAUCUAUUUUACAAAAAUUUACCAAAUAAUCAAGUUAAAGAAGGUUCAAUAAUUUCAAUUUUCAUAUCCAUCCCCAUCCCAUAUAGUAAACUAUAUUAUAUCUUAAAGGAUUUAAUAGAGACCACCACAACGACAAAUCCUAACAAUUUAUUAUUUAAGAAGGAAAUGACAUACUUAAUUAAAGAUUGGUAUCAAUCUGAUAGGAAGUUAAGAGAUAUCAUACCUUAUAAUGAAAUCGAAUCAUUGAAAGAUUAUAAUAUUGAUCCAAUUGAAAAUUACACAACAAGAACGGGUAAUGGGAUAUAG